CUCACUCAAAUUAUCAUCUGGGAACACCGGUAAAAUAACAGCUGGUUUCUUUGUUAUGCAAGCGUCUCGGAAAACUCUUGUCAAACUAUUUUGUGCUUUGGAAAUAGAAUGAGUAAAGUAAAAAUUUCGAAAGCUUAUAAGAAUUUCUGAAUAAUCUGAAGAAAAGAAGUGUGACAGAGCUUUAAGAAUGACAUUGAAUACAUUAAAUCGAAAGGAAGUCAAGAAGCUUUCUUUACCGGAUGUAUCAAGAAAGAAAACCGACAAAAGGGAGGAAUCCGAGGACACAGUCGAGUUUGAGAUUGCUCCAGGAGUAUUUGUUGGUGGUAAUCGUCCUGUCUUCAUUAUUGCUGAAAUAGGGCAAAACCACCAAGGCAGUUAUUUAAAAGCCAGAAGACUUAUACGAAUAGCUGCAGAUUGUGGAGUACAUUGUGUGAAGUUUCAAAAAAGUGACAUACGAAGUAGAUUUACUGAGGAAGCUUUAAAUCGCCCUUAUCAAAAUGAGCAUUCCUUUGGAGCUACUUAUGGAGAACAUAGGAGAGUUCUGGAAUUAUCAAAUGAAAAUUUCGUUAAAUUAAAACAGUAUGCUGAAGAACUUGGAUUGAUUUUUGCAGCAACUGGUAUGGAUCAGCCAUCAAUUGAUUUUUUACAACAUAUUGGAGUGCCGUUCUUCAAAAUAGGUUCUGCUGAUACAACUAAUUUACCACUCCUGAGACAUGUUAGUAGAUAUAACAAGCCACUUGUUAUUUCCACUGGUAUGACUAGUGAAGAAGACCUUUCUACAGUUUAUUAUGAAAUCUUAAAAUCAGCAAGAGACAUAGCAAUAAUGCAGUGUACCAGUUGUUAUCCUACACCAUCGCGUUAUGCUAAUUUAAACGUCAUACAGGCCUACAAGAAUCUCUACCCUGGUGCUGUUAUUGGAUAUUCUGGUCAUGAAGAGGGAGUUGUAGAAUCCGUGGCCGCUGUUGCUGCUGGUGCAAAAAUUAUCGAGAGACACAUUACUCUUCAUCAUAGUCUUAAAGGCAGUGAUCAUGCAUCAUCAUUAAAUCCAGUUGAACUUAGAUAUUUUGUAAAAUCAAUUAAAAUAGUUGAGCAAGCCAUGGGAAAAUUCCAAAAAGAAAAUCAAGUUUGUGAACUUGAUUGCUACGCAAAGCUAGGGAAAACUAUUGUUGCAGCAAAUUUCCUUGCUAGUGGAACAUAUAUUUCUGAGGAGGACAUGGCUGUUAAAGUUUCUUCGAGAAAGGGCUUUGACCCUCUUCUUUUUUACCAGCUUGUUGGUAGACGGCUGAAGGAAGCAGUUGAACUAGAUGAACCGCUCAUGCCAUCUCAUUUUGAUUGAUGUGAUAAUUCUUCAAUUUUUUUAUAUAUGUCAAGUACUUUUUGUAUUUUUUUUAUUGUGGAAAUUGUGGAAAUAACAUACAUAUUUCACCUUUCAACAUUUAUGCUUGACAAAUUCCAAAUUUUCUGAAGUUCAGCUUUUUCCAUUUCAAGGCUAUUACAUGUCUGAAUUUAUUAUUACUGAAUAUCCUGUAAAUGUGCCAUCUAUCAUCUAA